ACCUUCCCACGCGUGUGCGGUUUUUAUUUAUAUUGCGACGCGACGCGACGCGUUUGUUUACUUUUACACGUUGCUCUCAAGCAGUAUUAAUAGCCAGAAGUACGGAAAAGUACGAACUUUGGUCACAUUACGGGGCCUAGAAUUACGCAUACUGUAGCUGUUAUGACAGUUCGCAACUGUUUAGCUUAAACCUUUUUUGACUUGCAUACACAAGUAAUUUUGCGACCUAAGAAGACAUCUUCUCCCAAAUAACUUGAAACCCAUUUUUGCAUCUUGUUGACGAAUAAUGCUUUCUCCCGCACAGCCUUUAAAGCAAUUUAUAAGCUUCUACUGUCUUCCCGAGCGAAAGCCUUUGGCCAGAGGUAGUAUUCAGCUAGCGGCAAGCCUAUACCCAAUUGGUCUUACGUUGGUAGAUCAAGUCGCCGUUUUGUUUUGUCAAGAAUGUCAGUCAUUGUUAACAUUGGAUAACUGCAUUCCUCACCUCGCUGAGUAUGAAAAGGCUAAAAAAGCUAAAUCUGACGCAUUUUAUGCAGCUUUGUCAAGCUCUAAAGUUGAUGAUAGUGAUGAUGAUAGUGAUGAAGAGCUCGAGAUCGAUGAGGAACUUGCGGCAAAAAUUGAUAAAUUUGUUGAGAAGUAUGGCGAUAAACUUGUUCCAUACUCGGAAAGUGAUCGUCAGCAGGUGAUCCGCAAUCCUCGUGACGUGGAGAUAUACAAGGAGUCAGUGGAAGAGAUUAUUUUUCAAAUACCACUGAAGAAGGCAGUUACUGAGGAUAAGAUCAUUUCUCUUUUUGAUGAUUAUUUUAUCAUUGAACCUGUUCGUGGACUUCAGUAUAAUACCUGCCUCUCUUGCUGUGGACGGUAUCUUAGGACUGAAAUGGCUUGUAAAGAACAUAAGGAGAGUUGUCGCAAUUCUGCAUCAGACGAAUUUGAAACGGUCGCCUAUCAGCAGCUUAAAGUUGAUGGCAAAUUUAUUAAAGUGUUGCCUUGUAAAAUCCUAGAGCCUGAGACGUUAGAGGAGACAUGGCUUGAUCGUGAUGAAGAUUGACUAAUAAAAACUUAGAGCAGAACGUUAGAAUAAAGGAAUAGUCAAAGAUUAAUAUAUUAGAAUGUAAUGUACGGA